AUGUUUCAUUAUAAUAGUAUAAUGCAGUUAAAUGGAAGAAUAAAUGACACAUUAUCAGCUAGUUAUACCUAUCUUACAUUGGCAUUCCAUUUUGAUCGGGCUGACAUCGCUCUACCAGGAUUCUACAAGUUUAUGAUGGAAGCAUCAGAGAAAGAGAAAGAAGGUGCUAUGAAACUGAUGAAGUAUAUGAACAAACGAGGUGGAUGGUUCAAACUUAGACGAAUUGUAACUGAAGAAAGAGCCUGGUCAAAUGGUCUUGAUGCCUUACAAUUUAUGUUGGAACAUGAGAAAAUGAUGAACGCAAACUUCUUGUACACCAGGCAAAUAGCAGACGAAUCCGGCGACGCACACUUGAGUGAUUUUAUAGACGAAGAAUUCUUGGUACCAAGAGUAAAGUUUAUCAAGAAAAUAGCCGACUAUAUUAGUCAACUGAAAUCUUUCUCUAAGGAUUAUCAUCUGGGUGAAUACAUACUGGAUGAAAAUUUAUAA